AUGGCAGGCAGCCAGAAGGGCAGCAGCAGCAGCAACAUCACCAACAAGCGCCGCACCAGCAGCAGCGUCCCGGCUAUUCAGGAUUCACCUGGCUACCGUGUGCCCUGGUUUGGACGGAGCCGGUCCAAGUAUGGCAGCGGCAAGUAUGGCAAGAAAGGCGGGGAUCAGUUGUAUCCGAACGGUGGUCAGGGCAGGUUCGGUGGUUCCGGCGGCGCGGGACCCUCUUGUAGAGGUGGCGAGGAUGCUUUGUCAGUCGAGGAAAUGGCCGUGAUUAUUCAGAAGCUGCAACCGAACGAACCUCUUCCGGAGGUCAUUUUCAGGGCUCUCCACCAUGACCUCAGCCGCCUUGGAAAGGACCGCCGUGCUAUGGAGCUUUUUGAUUGGCUGCGCUCGGCAAACGAGCGGAGUCCGCUCAGGGCACUGUGCGAUGUAUACAGCUACACGGCAACAAUUUCGCUCUGCAUUCAUGGCCAGGACGUUGAUCGCGCUCUGGAGCUUAUGCAGGAGAUGCGGAGUCGGAAUAUUGAACGUAACGUGCACACUUACACUGCGCUCAUGAACGUUUGCAUCAAAUGCGGUAAGCUUCCCCUGGCACUGGACAUUUACAACUCCAUGCGGGCGGUAAACUGCAUGCCCAACGUGGUCACCUAUAAUACUCUUGUCGACGUGUACGGAAAACUUGGACAGUGGGAGCGUGCGAUACACGUACUGGACGUGAUGAAGCAUGAGGGUGUAGAGCCUGUGCUGCGCACUUACAACACGCUUAUCAUCGCGUGCAAUAUGUGCAAUCAGCCACGCGAGGCGUUGGCGGUAUACCAGAGGCUUCUGUCGGAUGGCUUCACACCCAACUCGACUACGUACAACGCUCUGAUAAGCGCGUAUGGCAAAACUACCCAGUUGGGGAAGGCGUUGGAGGUGUAUCAGGAGAUGCUGCGGCAGAACAUGGAUCGAAGCGUAAUUACGUACAGCUCGCUCAUUAGCGCCUGCGAGAAAGCAGGGCAAUGGGAGACGGCGCUCCGCAUUUUCAACGAGAUGCAGCAGGACAAGUGUGUCCCCAACACGGUUACUUAUAACUCAUUGGUGACUGCGUGUGCACAAGGUGGUCAGUGGGAGAAGGCUGCCGAAGUAUUCGAACAGAUGAAUGCACACGGUUGCACGCCUGAUGUUGUGACGUACACAGCGCUGAUCAGCGCCUACGAGCGGGGCGGGCAGUGGCAGAAGGCGCUUCAGGCGUUUCACAAAAUGUGUGUGCAAGGCUGCAAGCCCGACGCCAUUGUUUACAACGCGAUUAUUGAUACGCUCUGGGAAACUGGCAUCAUAUGGGCUCAGGGCAAGGCACUCCAGCUGUUCAUGACGGCAGUGCAGCAAGGCCACUUUCAUCAGGAGCCUCUGGUACGGCGCCCUGGCCGCGUUGAGGUCAACCUACAUGCAAUGACAGCUGGCGUCGCGAUGGUGUGCUUGUACUGCUGGUUGCUUGAGCUGAGGCGAAUUGCGAUAGAAAAAGGUCCUCAGCACCUGCCCGCUGCAUUGGCCAUCGUUACAGACAUGGGAAAAGCCAGUCGUGAGCAGGGUAACUGCAUUGUCAAGGAGGCGGUAGCGGCCAUGAUGAGCUUCUGGGAUGCUCCUUUCCGGCUGGUGCAGGAUGGCGUGUACGCAUCUGUGCUCGAGGCUGGCGGGAUGCAAGUUGCUGAUUGGGUCGCCGGCACGCCAUUCAGCGCGCAGCUAGCCAGCUUAUUUCCGAUCGCCGACAGCAGCAAGAUGACGGAGGAGAUCUACGUCAUGCGAGAGCAGCAGGUGACGCAAGAAUGCCAGGAGGCCUUUGCGGCAGUGCAGCAUUUCGAGAAUACACACGGGUUGGUGCUUUCAAACAUGAGCCCGGGCUAUGUGCAGCAGCGGCCCGUACUCAUUUCUCGCCUCCUGGACCUGAGCUCCAAGCUAAGCCUGCGCGACGAGGUUGUACACGAUGCGGUGACCGAGGAUGUUUUGCCGCUCGUCGGCGUGGCGGCACUAAUCAUUGCGGCAAAGCAAGGCGACAGCAGCGACCGGGUGCCAACCAACGCGGAGAUGGAACAGAUAACCGAGCUGCCGGCUACAGCUGUGGCGAAGAUGGAGUGGAAUAUUCGCGGCCUGCUGACGGACGACAUCUCCGCAAUCUCUACGAUGCGCUGCCUGAAGGUUUACCUUGAGCGUCUGGGCUACCGCUACCUUGAUAAGCAAGAUGUGUACGGGAUGGCAGGUUUCGCAAUUAUGCUGGCGGUGGAGUCGUUGUACGACCUGUCCUUACUGAACUGCCGACCAUCAGUUGUGGCGGCGGCCAUUCUGUAUGCUGAGCGCCGCUUGCGGGGUGCUGUGCCUUUUUGGCCAUCAAUGCUCUCUAAGCUUACGGGCUAUCAUGACAUGUCGACACCCGAGCUUACCGUGGCGAUGUACAAGGCGCAGCUGAUCCAGCUUGCGGGACAGGCGGGGCCUUCGGCUGCGUCAAUCUCGGUGGCGCCGGAGCUGGCCGGCGGUCCCCAAGGGGGCGUUCCUCCCCCGCCGCCGAUGAUGGGUCCUGGAGUGUGCGCACACAUGCCCCAGGGUCCGGGUGGCGUAAUGAGCGGGUCGCUGAGCGGAUCUACUGGCGCUGGUGUGAUUGCGCCUCCACCGGCCCCGCCCGUGGUGGCAACAGUGAUGCAGCCGACUCCCUCCCAUGCCGGGCCACACACAACGAAGGCAGCACAAUGGCAGCCGGGGCGUUAUGAUCACCUUGCACAAAGCGGCGCUGCCGUGGCCGCAACGCCGGAUCCGACGGCGGGAGUGGUGGUCGGAAGUGCGGCGGUUCCAAGCGCGGGCCCAGGCACUACAGCAGGGCCUAAACAGGAUGACAGUGCGGCAAUCAAGGCGCUGACGCAGGCGAUGCAGGGUUUGGCCAUGGGUCCUCACGGUAUACAGACGGGGGCCCAGUCGGUGCUUGAGAAAUGGCAAAGGCUUGGCGGAGAAGAGGGUGGGGAUGGGGCCGGACCG